UAAACAAAUGGACAAUCCACUGUUGAACGAAGAUCUGACAAAGAAUUCUCACAUAAGAUUGAACCAGCGCUGCCAACUAAAAAAAUGCGAUUAAUACUACUCCCUUCCCCUUCCUGUUAUGCGUGUGGUGUAGUCAAAACAAAUUAACGCCCCUCUCUCUUGCUUUGUGUUUUUUUUCACCCUCUUUCCAUCUUCAUAAAGUGAACUCGCACAUAAAGCCAGCAUACAAACAAUCUAAAACAUUCUUUCUUGCACUAAGAACAGCUGCAGACAAAGGAGGUGAACACGAUCCUUCUUUCCCUUUCCCCCCCUCUCUCUCUGAAGUCAUCAGUUGCUUUUCUUUCCCCUUUUCUUCUGAAUUUAUGGAUGCUGCUUCAUGGCCACGGGUGGGUAGAUAUAUAUUUGUUUUGCCAAGUAUUAUAUAAAAUCUUCUUUGUACAAUUAUGAGUUUCUCUGGUUUAGGGAUUUUAAGGUUAUAUAUGAUCGACCAUGUUCCAGUAGUUUGUUUUGAGAGAUCGAAUAUUAUUUGUUGUUUGUCUGUUUUCUCUUUUUGUUUGUCCUUGAGAUCAUCUUCAUGCACAGUGCAGGUCCCUUCUAUUUGAAUUUUCUUUAUGGAAAGCCAUCUCUUAAUAAGGUUUCAAGAUUGCAUGGUUUGAUUACUUCGUUCAAUAUCGCUAUGGAUCUCCUUCAUCAUCUCAGUACUCUAGGGUUUGCAGGAUAUUAAACUGGCAAGACCCAUGGAAGAGAUGACAUCAAAUACAUGCGGAAGGCCUGUGUUAGAGAGAAAAGCAAGGCCUCAAGAGCAGUUGAACUGUCCAAGAUGUAACUCAACCAAUACCAAGUUUUGUUACUAUAACAACUACAGUCUCACACAACCAAGAUAUUUUUGCAAGACUUGCAGAAGGUACUGGACUGAAGGAGGAUCUCUUAGAAACGUUCCUGUUGGAGGAGGUUCAAGAAAGAACAAGAGAUCUACAUCAUCAUCAGUAGCAGCAUCUGCAGCUCCGUCGAAGCUCCCCGAUCUCAACCCACCAAACCUCUCACACUUCUCUUCUCAGAAUCCUAAGAGUGCCCAUGAAGGUCAAGACCUUAAUCUGGCAUUCCCAGCUAUGCAGGAUAGUCAAGGUAUAUCUCAUUAUACUGAAGUGGCCAAAACUGAAAAUAACAACUACAAUCAACAUAACUCUUAUUCUUCUCCCUAUACUUCAUCUCCUAUUUCAGCUCUGGAGCUACUAAGGAGUGGAAUUGCUUCUAGGGGUUUGAAUUCUUUUAUCCCAACACCGAUGCCAGAUUCAAAUACACUUUAUUCUUCGGGUGGAUUCCCUUUGCAAGAAUUGAAACCAACUCUGAGUUUUUCUCUUGAUGGGCUUGGAAGUAGAUAUGGAGUUCAAGAACAUAAUGGAAGGCUUUUAUUUCCUUUUGGUGAACUGAAACAGCUUUCAAGCACAAAUGAAGUUGAUCAAAACAAGGGACAAGGGACUUCAAGUACUGGAUACUGGAACGGAAUGUUUGGUGGAGGAUCAUGGUAAAAGAGAGAAGAAAGAGACAAGGAGCCCAAGAAACAACUAUAUCAUUCUUUCUUUUCACUCCUUUUCACAUGGUAUUGGGUCACAUGUUGAAAGCUGUUCAUGACUAACAUAUAUAGGACACAUAUGGUUUCUCUUUUUGCUUUGCUUUGUAUUCUGCUCUUCACUCUUUUGAGCAGUGUAAAAAUUUUGAAGCUCAUUUGGUUUUUGGCUUCAAAAAGGGUUCUUACUCGUAUAAUGUUUUCAAGAUAGAAGAAGAUUUGAAUAUGAGUCUGGGUUUUCUCAUGGCAGUAAGACUUGUAUUCAUAAAGUCUUCUAUCAGGAUUUGCACCUGCAGUAUAUUAUUGUAUUGAGUGUCCAGAGUUGGUUCGGUUAAGCUUUCAAUGUAUGCAAUGAGACUGAGAUUUGGAAGAAGUUUCAAGGAAAAAAAAAAUUCUAUCAGUUACAUAUCAA